AUGGACCUCGACAAGCCGCUUGAAGACAUGAUUCCGAAACGUGGAGGUCGCGGAGGAGGUCGCGGUGGUGCGGAGCGCAAGCCCCGUCUUUCGCGCGACCGCCGUGAAGCUGCGCCGUACGCGCGUCCGUCCCCGCGCUCGACGGAGGACAAGUGGGUGCACGACGCGUACGAGGGCCGGGCUGGACGCGGCGGACACGACCUUCGUGACCGUCGCCCUCCAACGGAUACGCCCGUGAGCUCGUCGCCGCGGAUCGAGAUAUCGGGCUUGCACUACGAGGUCACCCCCGAGGACCUCAAGACCAUCUUUGAGCAGGCCGGCACGAUUGUGCAAGGGCCUAACAUUUCCUACGACCGCUCUGGACGUUCCACGGGAUCUGCGAUUGUCGAGUACGCGACGCCGCAGAUGGCCAAAAUCGCGAUCAACAAGUUUGACGGCGCGAUGACAAAGGGCCAGACGAUCGCGAUCAAGCUCAUCGCUCCGCCGCGCGCUCCGAAGGCUGACAAGGCUGAGUCCUCGCUCCUUGCGCGCCUCGGCGGUGGGUCCCUCAAAAGCCGGAUCGGCGGAGGUGGCGGCGUUGAGAGUGACUCGCGCUCGCGUCGCGAUGAGCGCCCGCGGGACCGUCCUCAGCGCGGCGAACGCGCCGAGCGCGGUGACCGUGGCGGAAGGGGCGGGCGUGGCCGCGGAGCUAAGCCCAGGGCGGAGCGCAGGAAGCCGGCCAACGCUGACGAUCUUGACAAGGAACUUGACGGGUUCAUGGACAAGUCGGGGGACGUCAGCAUGGCGUAG